AAUAUUAUACGUUGUUUUUAUUAAUUAGUUAUAGUUAAGCGUUAGUUAUAAUAGUAGUAGUAGUAGCAGUAGUAGUAAUAACCAGUGAUUACAGUUGUUGCGGUGGUUCGUGGAGAUCGGCUAUCCGGAAAUAAUAAACAAAUAAUUAUAGUGAACUAUCAUCUGUCGCGCGACAACGACGAAAAAAUAUUAAGUGCGCUGUCCGUUGUUCGUUCCCGGAUCUUUCGUCCCGUGCUGUCUUCGUCUUCUGUUCGGCGCGUCGUUCACGGAAAUCCAACGGUCCAACACGCUCGCGUACCAUCGCGUCCGCCGAUCACUAUGGUUUCGGAUGUCUGUGCGGUGUACGUCGUCGACGGUGAACUCGCUGCGACCGUCCGUUGAACGGUAUGAGGACUACGACUAGGGCCAGACAACGUCGGUGAUCGGCCUGUAGCGGCCACAGUCGUCCGUAUCGCUAUUCCUGAGAUCAUUGCUGAACCGGUUCGAUAUGCCUUUCCCGCCACCACCACCACCACCACCACCACCACUGUCGGGUGCACCGCCACCACCACCACCGGUAUUACCGGCCUUUGGCAGUGGAGCCAAGAAGGCCAAUCCGGGCCAGGCUAGGGACCAGCUGCUGCAAUCCAUUCGAAUGGGCAAGCCUCUUAAGAAGACCGUGACUGUUGACAAAAGCAAGCCUCUCAUCAACAAUUCACCAAAAACGCCUGUAAAAUGUAAUGGUACCGUGAAAAACGGAGAAAUGAGUUCUAUAGCUGCACGGACACCUAAUGGCUUAGCAGAGUUGUUUGCUGGAGGCAUGCCUAAACUUAAACCUACUGGAAUGGCUAUAACAGGUCAAUUGAAAACUCAAACGGCACCAAAUAAUAAUUUAUCACCAGUCUCAUUGUAUAGCUCAUCAAAUUCAAACAGUUCAUCGUCUAAUAUAAACACACUCCCAUCACAAAAAAAGAAAAAUGAUGGGAUGAGAAAAAUACAAAACGAUAUCAAAUCAAGAGGACCUCCUCCACAACCACCAUCAUUCAAUCAAAAACCAACUAUUCCUACAAGUACUUCUGAACCUGUAUCAAUCUUACCACCUGGUGUUGGUCACAACAGAACGGGUAGUGUUCCAAGUCUUGUAUCUGAUAAUGUUGCUGGUAAAGGACCUCCUCUGGGUGGUUAUGGUAAACCAAAUGUGGCACCAAAACCACCAUUGGUUAAGCCAGCUGUGCCUACUAAAAAAUCGACAUUAACAGUUAGUUCAACUAACUUAGCAGCAACAUCUGAUGGGCGAAGUCAAGUAUCUCGGGCACAAAGUAUGAGGAUACCAAGAACACCUCCAGCUGCACCAACUAGUCAACCACCCCAAUUCAAUAAUAUGACUAUCAGUAGUAAAAAUCAGUUGCCUGCUUUCCAUCAAUCGCAGGAUAGUAUUUUGAGGAGUUCUCCAAAUACAUUACCUAAUACUCAAUGGGGAUCUCGAACGUUACGACCCAUUAAACACCCGAGUACCAGACCACCGCCACCACCUAUAAAAGCUCCAUUAAAUCCACCUGCAUGUGCUCCACCACCACCUCCACCACAUCGCAGUAUACCUCCUCCACCACCACCUAAUGUUCCCCCUCAUAAAAGCUGUAAUAAUGUAAUUAAUGGAGCUCCUCCUACACCACCUACACGUCAUUCUUCCAUGAGGAAUGGUCCAACUUCUGUCCUAAGCAUGUCACUAUUGGAGGAAAUGGAAAUGAGAUUUUCCACUAUGUUUAAGCCAAUUGUUCGGAUUCCACCACCUCCAAUUUUCCAAAGAGUUGAUAAAAUUUAUAAUAGCAGACUAGUCGUUGCAAAACACCAAGCUCCUAAGCCACCAGGCUAUUGAUCAGUGUAAUUUGUAUUGCUCAAAUGUGAAGGGAAUUCUCAUUUUGGACUUAAUUUCAAGUAUAAUAUUCAAGUCUACAUCGGUUUGUUUGUAAUGUUUUUCUUUUCCUUCAGAAAAAACUAUUUUUGCUUGUAAAAAGUACAAUAUUAUUUCUUAUAAACCAAAGGCAUUAUUGUGAUAAAGAUAAUUUGAAAGUAUAAUUAAUGGUGAAAAAGAGAAAAUGUAUUUAUUUUUGAUUCUACAUG